GGCGCGCGGCGGCGGGAUGGAGGGGGCGCGCGCGGAGCGGGCGGCCGGGCUGGCGCGCGCCGUGCUGGAGCGGGCGCGAGGGCGGCGGCAGCGACCGGCGGGACGGGCCCCGGGCUCGGGCUCGGCCCCGGAGGAAGAUUCAGAACGUCUCAGCGCAGCGUUCGCUUCGAUUGUGAACCUGAUGAAUCGGGCCACAGCGGAAUGCGAGAAGUACUACAGCUUUACAGCAGCCUGUAGAUGCAAAGAGCAUGAAAUCAAACACAUCUGCAGAUAUCAUGGUAGGCAAACGGGGGAAAGAGAGCUGGACUCCUCUGAAGAAGAAAGGACUGAAGCUUCUGUAGCAUCUAGUCAAGAUCAAUCUUGCCAGCAACGUACCAGACAAGCUUCCAAAGACAUCUACAUUGAAGUUUCUCCUGGCAUCUAUUCUGUCACAGCAACCUCAGGGGACAUGGUGCAACAAACCCACACGGUGGAUGUCAGUGCAGGACAAAGUAUUGAUUUAACUUUUGUUCUGUGAUGUUUGUCUCUUGGCAAUCAUGGGAAUAAAAUACAAGGCUGUUUUAAUGCACAUAA